ACAUUAUCGUACUGCAAUCAGCUUGUCAUCUGUUUCGUGAAGAGUCAUGGCCUUUUUGCUCCUUGGUCUCGUAUUACUGUCAAAUCUGGCCUUUGGAAAGAUCAAUAGGCAGGAUAUUGUUAGCAAGUACAAUGUUAAGAGGGAGAGGCUAAUCGAUAAUAAUACCACCCCUUUACAAGUGGGAAAUGGUAAUUUCGCAUUUAAUAUUGACAACACGGGGAUGCAGACUAUCCUACCUUUUAACACACUGUCUAGUUGGGCGUGGCAUAAUGAUUCUCUACCGAGAGGCAAUGAAAGAGUUAGCGACUACUAUGGCGUAGCAAUGAUAACGCAUGGUAGAAAUGUCUCUUAUGAUAUUCCCGACUCCAAUCUCCCGGAAGUUUCACAGUGGCUCAUUUCUAAUCCCAAUCGAAUUAACCUAGGUCGCAUUGGCCUCAGGUACCAGGGAGCUACUUUGGCAGCUUCUCAGAUCACGAACGAGGUUCAGGAGCUCGACCUAUGGAACGGAGUUAUAACCUCUACGUUUGAUAUUUCCGGGGAGAGCGUCAGAGUUAUUACCCAGGGAGAUUUCGGGUCUGAUGCGGUAGCUUUCCGUGUCGAAUCACAGCUUCUAGUCUCGGGUGACCUAAAGAUUGAGCUUGACUUCCCCUAUCCGUCAAAGCCAGGAUUCUACCCCUAG